GGACGCAUGCCGGUAGAUUUCAGCGGGGGCUGCCGCUUGAUGGAUUUCAACGUUCACGGGAACGUUUACGCGGCCGAACAACGCGAUCGAUCGGAAGAAUCGUGGUGGAACACGCAGCUCGGUAGCCGCGAGGCCGAAAAAAUCCAACGUUGGAAAAACGAAAGGCAGAAGAGGCAGCAGGUAAUCGGUCCGGUAAGAUCGAACGAGUCGGCGAGGAACGACGGCCAGCGGGAUUUUCGCCGGAAUCAGCGAUAUCGAAGAGUGCCAGCUAGUCGCCAGGGAGAAGAUUACGCGAAAAUGUGCGAGCACAGGAGAGGCGACUCGAUCUACCAGGGAAACUGUCCCGAUAGGAACGCGUGCGAUUUCACGGGGCAAAACAUUUGGGAGCAUAUCGGACAGCUGGAGCCACGUUACGAUAAUUACGGAAGAGACGGAAUAGACUGCGACGCGAGUACGUCUAACGAUCCGUGCGGGAUAAACGUGAGCGUUGUCUCGCGACAGCCACCCUGCGAGAAUUUUCACCCGGAGAAACGGAUGUACAACGUCUCGUUUAAACACUGUUGCGACAACAACAACGCGAAACCAGAUCAGAAACGAAGAAAGUUCUUUUCCACGAACGACGACAAAUUGGGGGGAUCUAGGAGGCAAGAACCGAGCAGUAAUCGCUUCGAAUUAAAAACGUGCAGAUGCGAGCAAACCCUUGUCGGGAAGCCUUCGAACUUCCGUUGCACGUUCGAGAACUGUUGCGGAAACUGCGAGCCCUACGUCGUGCAAGUACAGAGCAACGACUGCAACUCGUACGAAAAAUGGCAGAACGACGGCCUCGAAACCGCGAAGAACGGUUGCCUCGACGAUUGUUGCUGUCCGCGCGACGUAAAACCGCACCCCUCAAGCGUCAGCGUGGCCCAACAGCCUUGCGUGAUCUAUGAAGAGACAGAGGCAAAGUACGAUUCCCCACCCGAUCAUCGUCAUGACGCGUCUACCAGCAAACACUGCCUGCAACGCGUCCACUUUGCGGAUGCGGAGAGUCGCACGAAAACCGAUCAUUCCUCGUUGUGCUCGUUCUGCUCGAGGAAGUGUACACCGUCCAAGGCGAGUUUGUUCGUGGAGAUCGGCGAGAGCGUGGCGAACGUGUGCAACCUGGCGUCCGCCCGAUGCGACGAGUCGACGGAGGAAUUGCUGAAAGGCGACGCCUCGAGGAAGGAAUCUAGUACUGUGAGAGAGGACAAGUUCGAGUCGUCGAGAGAUCGUGGCAGAUCGAAGAGGGGCGAGUCGACGAGGUGUAGUUCCAAUUGCAAAGGUCAGCCAGGUGCCGUGGAACGCGCCUACUCGAACAACAUGGACGUACGACCCGAUGAUUACACCGUCGAUCAGAUGUCCGAGGAACCGUACUGCCCUGAACUGCUGGAGCAAUCCAGCGUCAGGUUUCAGGAACAUUGGGAUUCCAGAGCGCAGACGGAAGGUGACACGUACGUAAAGAGAAAGACGACAGGUUCCAGCCAGCAAUGCGAAACAAAUGAUCAUUCGUUGUUGAGCGACAUUCGAAGACAGUUGCACGACACGUACAAAAAUUUUGUGAGAGUGGCGACAACGAGCAUCGGCCAGAUCGUGAAACAAUCGUCGAAGUUGAAAGGCUCGAAGAAAGACACGAAGGAUCGUUCCACGUGCGGGACGUGGACGAAAGAUUGCGAGGAAACUGCACGCCCCGAUCAAUGCGAUCAGUCGGGAACGCACAAUGAAUGCGUGUACGAGGCGGCGUGUUGGCGAGAAAUAAUGAACCACGAGUCGAGCAACUGCGAUGCGCAUUGUUGCGGAAACGUCUGUUGCGACAACGUCGCUGGAUUGCCCGACUGUCAAACGCCAAUGUGUCAAAUUGAGAAUUUGUUUUCAGAUGAUUGUUGGAAAGGUGCUCGCAAUGUGGCCGAAGAACAGAUCCAAUCGGAGAGAAAGUGGCACUUUGACUCUUGCGAAAAUGCUUGUAACAGAACACCGCUUGAAGAACUGUGGUAUCCAACGUACGACACUGCUCGCAAAAAGGGUGGCGGUGAUACCUACCCACAGAAAAGAAAACAGUCGAAUUCGAGCAAAUACGGAGGACAGUCAGUCGCGUCCGGCAAUCGUGAAAAUUCCAACUCAGGUAGUCAGAUAAUUAAACAGCAACAGAAAAACCCGUCGACGCCUCAAGACCAGCAGACGGAAAACUCCUCCAUGGCUGUAGAUGUGUGCGUUCAAACGGGUUCCGUUCGCGCGACGGUCAGUCCAGCGAAUGGCACUUACGUCGCAGAAAGAACGGCAUUCCGAAAGAAAGUGAGAACCGUGAAACGAGGAGAGCCAAAUGAAAAAAUUAGGUCUUCCAAGGAAGAGCCGACGAAACAGAUUACCCCGCCGAAAAAGAAACCUCCGCCGAAUCCAAAGUACACAGUCACAGGUCCUUCGAGAUACGUGAAACCCGAAAUGAGUCUUAGAAAAGAAAAUGAUAGUCCCAAGGUGAAGGACGAAAGAACGAAGCCAGUGACGGGCAAAGCUGUCCAAUGUAUGCUCCUUAAGAAAGUUCUUGUAAAAUGUGCAUCGUUAAGGGUAACACCUAGUCAAGUAGUUGACAUGUGCGCAUGCGUUCUGGAGAAAGAUACGAUACCUCCAGGCGAAGCUGAGGAUGUACCUGAAGCAAUGGUAGAGUCAAUUGAAGAAGAAGCAGAAAAAGAUGGCGAGGCACCUGUGACUGAAGAUACCGUGGUAGAAGAGUACGUUCCGGAGAAAGAUACCACACCUUCAGGCGAAGCUGAGGAUGUACCUGAAGCAGUGGUAGAGUCAAUUGAAGUAGAAGCAGAAAAAGAUGACGAGGCACCUGUGACUGAAGAUACCGUGGUAGAAGAGUACGUUCCGGAGAAAGAUACGACACCUCCAGGCGAAGUUGAGGAUGUACCUGAAGCAGUGGUAGAGUCAAUUGAAGAAGAAGCAGAAAAAGAUGACGAGGCACCUGUGACUGAAGAUACCGUGGUAGAAGAGGAAACGUCUGAGAAGGAUACGACGGAAGAAGAAGCGCCUACAGAAGAAGCAUCUGUAGAAGAAAUACCUAUAGAAGAAAUAUCUAUAGAAGAAACACCUACGGAAGAAACACCUGCGGAAGAAGCAUUACCCGAAAUUACCGAACCACCAGAUGAUACCGCAGUGGACGAACCGGAACUCGUCGUAGAAGAAGAAGAAGCUCCACCAUCGACCAUAACGGCAAUCCCUGAUCUCGACGAAGUAGAUUCCACAGCACCGAUCGAGCUAACGAGAGAAUUUGGCGGAAAGAGAACGACCGUGAGCGUGCAAAUGCAAACGUCGAACACGAUCCUCACGCAGAUUUUGUCCGAGUUUCAAGUGGGGAACAGAAAGAAUCAGAUAUUGAUGAGCAUUAAAGUGCAGUCGAACUUGGAAGAAUGCGACACGGAGCAACAACCAAGCAACAACCCAUCGACUUCGAACGAGGUGACAUCACCGAGGAAGCAACCUUCCAGGCCUGACAUCUACGAUCAUCGGAGACGAAUGAGACGACCUCUCGACAGUGCAUGCACGCAUCGUCGAGCGUUGACAGCCCGGGGUGUUGACGAUUCGUCGAUGACCGAGUUCAUCAGCCGCGCGAGCUAUCAGAGAGUACAAAGAACUUACCUUCGUCGGUUGUACGACACUUUUUACUACACGAGCGACGGGAUCGAUCGCGAUCUGUGUAGACCGUGCGGAAAGAGGAAACGGUAAUUCGAGAGAUGGUUCGUGAUGGAUAAACGACACAACUCUUCAUAACC